AAGCAGACCGACUGAGUUAUUUCGUUUUUAACUUAUUCCAUAACAUGUCAGAGUAAAAUCCACAGGAAAAAAUACAGAGUUUUUAUUUUUUUGCGGAUGGAUUCAAAGUGGAGUUUAAGGUGUGUGUCUGAAAGGUAAUCGGCGGAAGGCUCUGCCUCACCUUUCCACACAAAGGUAGUUCCUGUCUGAGAGGCAGAGAGGGGUUCCGCGUCUCUCCUCUCCACCAGACGCGCCCGGCUCGCAUCAUCCGUCGGUCUCCGCCCAGCCGCUCCAUCAGCAGCUCACAUCCAGAAACCAGGGCAGAAAGGAGGAAUCACAUCGGUGGACAUCAGGAACCAUGAAGGACCGCAUGCAGGAACUUAGACAUGGCAAGGAGACAACAGAGGAAGAGGAGGAGGUUGCUGUUGGCAUGGACAAAGGCUUUAUGGAUGAAUUCUUUGAACAGGUAGAGGAGAUCCGGGGUUUUAUCGAGUCUCUGGCAGAGAAGGUUGAAGAGGUGAAGAGGAAGCACAGCGCCAUCCUUGCCUCACCUAACCCCGAUGAAAAGACCAAAGCCGAGCUAGAGGAUUUAAUGGCAGACAUCAAGAAGCUGGCCAACAAAAUACGCUCUAAAUUAAAGAGUAUUCAGCAAACUAUUGAGCAAGAAGAGGGGCAGAACAGAUCUUCAGCUGACCUAAGGAUACGAAAAACACAGCACUCCACACUGUCACGGAAAUUCGUUGAGGUGAUGUCAGAGUACAACACCACCCAGUCAGAUUACAGGGAGCGCUGCAAAGGCCGCAUUCAGAGACAGCUGGAGAUCACUGGAAGAAACACAACAAAUGAGGAAUUAGAGAGCAUGUUAGAGAGUGACAAUCCUGCUAUCUUUACCUCUGGGAUAAUAAUGGACAACAUUACCCAACAAGCGAUGAAUGAGAUCGAAACACGGCACAAUGAGAUUAUUAAGUUGGAGAACAGCAUCAGAGAACUUCACGACAUGUUCAUGGAUAUGGCCAUGUUGGUGGAGAGCCAGGGGGAAAUGAUAGACCGCAUAGAGUACAAUGUGGAACACUCGGUAGACUAUGUGGAGAGGGCAGUAUCAGACACUAAGAAGGCGGUAAAAUACCAGAGCAAAGCCCGGAGGAAGAAAAUAAUGAUCCUUAUAUGCUGUGUGAUUUUGGGAGUUGUCAUCGCCUCCAUAGUAGGAGGAACUCUGUCUUAAACCUCACCCGCCAUCAAAAUAAAAAAAAAAACACGCAUUCACAAAGCUAAACAUCCACACA